GGCAAUGUCAGUUGACUGGAAAUGGCUGGGAACGCGGAAUAAGUUGGCGUAGCCUCACUCACUUGUUCUGUUUGCACUCUUCUCCCAUCCACGCGUACACGACUCGCUUACACCCUCCUCGCCAUGGGUCCAAGGCGAAAAAAGACCAAGCAAUCAGAUGCUCAGGACGGCCCCGACAGUACACAGUCCGAUAACACUCUACCGCACAAAACCACACCGCUACAAACCGAUCAGGACAAAGCACAAGGCUCUGGGAGCGAAAAACCACUGUCCAACCUGAGCCAGUCAUCAAACACCUCUAGUUCGCCAGCGACUCCGACAUCCACAGCAGACAAGCGAGGCAGCUGGUACAAGGGCGGGUCCUGGCGGUCCAAAGCCAACCCUGUUGCUCAAGCCACUCAUGAGAGUAUCUCAGUUGCUGGAGGAUCCACCAACGACUCGCUGGCGGAUAGCCCCAAGUCAGGCGGUCGCUAUGUACAUCCUUCACUACGCCGCAGUUCAAAGUCGAUACCCACCAUCUCGUCCGAGUCCAUCAACGCGACAGGCAGCAACGCCAAAACAGACAAGCCUGCCUUCUUCUCGGACAACCUCAGGAAAUCAAGUACCGACUUUAAGAAACCACCCAUUAAGGAGCAAGGUGAAGACACCAAGAAUAGUAACGAGGACAAGUUGGAUCGGGUCGAGCAAAGAGGCGUUAAGACGGAUGAUACUCAGGUCAAGGCUGCUGCGACGACUUCCUCGACAGCAGAUUUGAAGCCUCUACCCAGAGACACCAGCGUUCAAGAAACACAACAAAUUGCACCCGACGCUCCACUGCCACCAGAGCCGACCCAAGAUACAGCUCCUGGCUGGUUCGGAGGAUGGUGGUCAAGACCUGAUGGUUACACAGAUCACUCUAAGAUGGUGAAAGCGCAGGACGACCGCGAGGAAGCGUCAAGCACACCUUUGCCCUCAACUCCCGAGCAGACUCCUGCCCAAGAUGCAAACUUGACUGUCGAAUCCAUUAACAUCAAUGAUACAAUGCACCCUACCCGUAGUGUGGGUACCACUGCAUCAUCGCGUAGCUGGUUUGGACUGUGGAGCAAUGCUCAAAACCAGCAGCAAUCCGAGCAGCAGACCCCAGACACUCCUUCAAAGGACACCUCCCCAGACCCACCUUCCACCUCCAUCGAGCAACCUGCGAAAGCUACAGAAGCCACAGUCAAAGAGUCAGUAGUGCCAGAACUCAAGCAAGGAGAAGAGACACCGCAGAACAAAUCAUCUGGUUGGGCCUUCUGGUCUCGAGCCCAAGAGAAGGAUGAGAGCGACACUCCCAAUGGUACCCAGCGUCAGGUCGGAGAACUUGCUGUCGCAGACACUCCGUCUCAAUCCCACCCAGAAGCUGCUCAGUUCAACGAGCAGCGCCAACAGAAAGCAAAACCGACGAAGCUCGCCCUGUCAGCCAACAACAAUGGUAGCACUACGUCGCUCCCGGCCGCAAAUCAACCACAGGUGCCCCUGAAAGACACGGCUAAGACGCCUGACACAAACAAGACUACGGUCGAUGUCAAAUCAGUCAAGUCACAAGCACAUCCCAACCUGGUCAUUCCCAGCUUCGACGAAAGCUACUCGGCUGAACACAUCCCCUCGUACAAAGAGCGCUUGACUACCUACGUUGCCUCUACUCUACGACUUAUUGACACACCCGCCGCUCCCAAGCACGUCUCAAUCACGCCUACCCUACCGAACAUCAAGAACGCCAUUGCAAUCGGUAUUCAUGGCUACUUUCCUGCUCCCUUGAUUCAGAAAGUUCUCGGCCAACCCACCGGAACCUCGAUUCGUUUUGCCAACUACGCAUCCACUGCUAUCCGUGACUGGGUCGAGACCAACCAGCCAGACACUCCUUGCGAAAUCGAGACCGUGGCUUUGGAAGGUGAAGGCUUCAUCGCAGAUCGCGUAGCUACCCUGUGGAAACUCAUGCUGAAUUGGCUCUCGCACCUUCGUCAAGCUGAUCUCAUCCUCGUCGCCUGUCAUUCACAAGGUGUUCCUGUUGCCAUCAUGCUUGUUCACAAACUUCUUCAAUUAGGCUGCCUGUCUCCUCAUGCAAAGAUUGGUAUCUGCGCUAUGGCCGGUGUGAAUCUUGGUCCUUUUGCAGACUAUAAAUCUAGAUGGCUAGGUGCAGGUGCUGCGGCAGAGCUCUUUGAGUUUAGCAGGCAAGACAGCAGGGUCAGUACGGAAUACAAGGCUGCUCUUGAUGGUGUACUUCGCCAUGGAGUCAGAAUCACCUACUGCGGUAGUAUUGACGAUCAACUUGUUUCUCUCGAGUCAUCUACCUUCACAACACUCACACACCCUUACGUCUACCGCGCCAUCUUCGUCGACGGCCGUCUCCACGCCCCGAACUUCCUCACGCAUCUCGUCGGCUUCGCCCUGAAGUUGCGUAACCUAGGCAUCUCAGACCACGGCCUAAUCCGCGAACUCUCCCUCCCUCUGGCAGGAAGUCUAUACGGCGGAGAAGGCCACUCACGCAUCUACGACGACCCAGCAGUUUACACCCUCUCCCUCCGCUUCUGCCUCGAAACCUCCACCCUCCCCGCCCCCACCACCCCACCCACCGACACAACAUCCGCCCGCUCAUCCCGCGCCGGCCCUCCCUCCUCUGUCUCUGCAGCCAACAGUUUACGCAGAGGCAGUGUUUCUUCCCACACUAUCCCUGGUAUCGCACCAGUCUUUGCCGAGUAUGAAAUCCCGGCUUCUGGGAGUAAUUCGAAUCCUUACUUUUUACCCUGGGCUCUAAGGGGUAUCUUGGAGGAAGAGAGGGUGAAAAGUGAGAUGGAGGUACAAGUGCAGGAAUUGGUAAAGAUGUUUGAGGAGUGGAGGCCGAGUAGUAAAGUACUCAAGGAUGUCAGGUUUAGACUUGAGGGUGUGAGGAGUAAAUUAUAGGGUAAAGGCUGGGUGGAAAAGAUGGGUUUGGGGGUUUUGACACAUUUAGCGAUGGCGUUUUUUUUUUUGUUUUUUGGCAAACUUUUACUUGUUUCUUGACGGCAUAAGGAAGCCUUUUUUUUU